CAGCUCCUUGCCUUAGGCGAGGAGGCCGGCUUGUGGGGUUGAGUGGCCCGAGCUGAGGGCGCCGAGAGCUCAGGGCGGCGACGACAACGGCGUUGACAUCGGCGGUAACAACGGCCUCAGCAGGCGGGGAAGAUGAAAGGUAGCCGGAUCGAGCUGGGAGAUGUGACACCACACAAUAUUAAACAGCUGAAGAGAUUAAACCAGGUCAUCUUUCCAGUCAGCUACAAUGACAGGUUCUACAAGGAUGUGCUGGAGGUUGGCGAACUAGCAAAACUUGCCUAUUUCGAUGAUAUCGCAGUGGGUGCCGUGUGCUGUAGGGUGCAUCAUUCACAGAAUCAGAAGAGCCUUUACAUCAUGACACUAGGAUGUCUGGCACCAUACCGAAGGCUAGGAAUUGGAACUAAAAUGUUAAAUCAUGUCUUAAACAUCUGUGAAAAAGAUGGCACUUUUGACAACAUCUAUCUGCAUGUCCAGAUCAGCAAUGAGUCUGCAAUUGACUUCUACAGAAAGUUUGGCUUUGAGAUUAUUGCGACAAAGAAGAACUACUAUAAGAGGAUAGAGCCCGCAGAUGCUCAUGUGCUGCAGAAAAACCUCAAAGUCCCUUCUGGCCAGAACGCAGAUGUGCAAAAGACAGACAACUGAACAAAUUACAGAUGAACUUUCUUGCACUUGCUUGUCGCCAAAUAAAAGAGAGGCCCAUUGA